UUUACCAAAUUUGAUAACUGCGCGACCCAUUCUCUCUCGCUCACUCCUGCUACUAUCUCUCUCUCAUUAACUGCCUCUGCCCUCUCGCUAGUCGCUUCCACCAGCAAGCUUUCUCUCUUCUCUCUCUCUCUGCAAAUAAGACACAUUUUCAGCAAAGCAAACUCAAACAAGUGUCCUUCUAUUCAAGAUUAAGGGUUUCAAAACCCCAAAUCCAAUCCCCAAAUUGAUCGAACCGAACGCAGGCGCUGAUGUAGGAGCCCCUCAUGGUGGUGCGACGCAGGUGAAACAAAACCCUGUAUUGCGAUCGGACUCAUUUCCAUUUUCCACACCCGCCCAAAUUUGACUCAAUCCCUCUCAUCAUAUUCCUCUUCCUCUCAGUUCUAAUCCUCCAAUCAGAUUCAGAUCUCUUGGCCAAAGACCUAGAUCGCUACAUUUCACUCUACAGUUUCAUGUACGGAGAAUUGAGGUUCUGAGUCGCCGACGAGUUACUGAGUCACUGACCGAGUCGCGAUGGCGGGUAAGACCGACUCGGUGUCGUACUGUAACCUGAAGGAUACGAAAGUUGAAAUGAUGGGGAUGGAUGCUGAGCCUCAUCAUCGGAUCGACCUCAAUUCCUCUAGGCUGUCUCCAUCGCAGUCGUCGUCGUCCUUUGCUAGGGUUCCGAACGGGAACUACGAUCUUCGGCCGCCGCAGAGUCUACCGGUUCCUAAUCAGAACACUCUGCUGACUCUAAUUCUCAGCUGUACGGUUGCCGCCGGUGUUCAGUUCGGUUGGGCUUUGCGGCUUUCGCUCUUAACUCCCUAUAUAUAGGUUUGACUUGAUAUGAUAAUAGAAACUGCAUUCAGCUUCAGGAUAAUUAGAUAGGAUUCGUAAUCUUUCGUUUGAAUCAAGGGGUGACGUGGGAGACUGGGAGGUGACCAGAUUCGAUUUAAGCAAAGGGAGAAAGGCAGAAAACCAACGCAUAAGCAAAUCCAUACCUGUUCCUUCUGAAGAUUUUGCACUUUCGGGUGAGUAUAGGUCAUUGUUGGUGGAUAACUUUCAUCCUGUCAAUUUUUCUUUUAGAUUUACGUUUGGGAAUGUCUUUGAAUUGAUUAGGUACUUUACAUCCCGGCCCUAAUUAUGCAUUUAUGCUUCACAUUAAGCUUUUUGACCUCUGUUGUUUUGCUAUGUUUUCUUAACGUAUUUUGCUACAAGAAGUAUUUAUAUUUUGAUUACAUGUCUUGGAAUGGAGGCAACCGCAACGACAAGAAUGAGAAAGUAUAGUGGCUAUAAUGGGUUUCCUAAUUCCAGGCCAAUACCAAGGACAGGGAGAGCUUCUCUCAAUAAAGUUGUUCAAAGAAUGAGACAAAUUUGAUGAAGCUUCAUUGUGACUUCAAGGAUGCAUCUGUUGAGAAGCAUGGGGUCAAGUUGGGGCUUAUGUCGAGAUUCAUCAAGGCUGUUGUCAGUGGGGUCCAAAAUCAGCCUACUAUUAAUGCAGUCAUUGAUGGGGAUGAUAUCAUAUAUAGAGAUUACAUAGAUAUAAGUGCAGCUGUGGGUACUCCAAAGGGCCUUGUUGUGCCAGUUAUCCGCAAUGCUGAUAAGAUGAAUUGUGGUGAGAUUGAGAAGGAGAUCAAUUUGCUUGCAAAGAAGGCAAAUGAGGGACGUUUUUCAAUUGAUGAUAUGGCUGGAGGUUCAUUUACAAUAUCCAAUGGUGGAUUUUAUGGAAGCCUUAUAAGUACCCCCAUCAUCAACCCUCCUCAUGUCUGAUUCUUUAUCUGACCCAAUUGAUCGGACUUUGAUCGUCUUACUGCAACAAAUGGAACUCACAUCAGUUCUAUGCUUAAUUACGUACCUAGUGAAGCAUCUUUAAUUUGUAGCAAAAGUACCUUUUCCAUUAUAUGAUAGCAAAGUACCUUUAUACGACAGCCAAUAUAUAUUUGUUUCUUUUACUUUUGUAAAGUUCACUCAAGAAAUUUCAGCUGCAAAAGCAUUGUAAA